AUGCGCGUGCAGCUUGCCAGCGAGGGAGAAUACAAGCUCGACCAGGAAGAGGCGAUUGGCGACCUCGUGAGAGACAAAGGACUUGUCGAUGCCAACCCGACAAAAACGCCGAUCGGCGACGACUGCUACGAGAUCGAAGCGGACGACACGGCGCUCUUAGGAACCACGGGCGCAAAGACAGGAGCGACGGUGCGCGACUUCCAGUCGCUGGUCGGCUCUCUGCUGUGGAUUGCGCGAUACACGCGCCCGGACAUCGCUUUCGCGGUGCACAAGGCGACCCGUACGGCGGCGCUCAAGAUCGCCAUGAAGCCCGAGUAUGAUGGGGAUGGGACGAUGCGGCUCGAGGCAUUCAGCGACGCAGUCUACGCUGCCGAUAAGUCCGACAGAAAGUCAAUGAAUGGCGGCGUGGUGCGCCUGAACGGCAUGGCCGUGAGCUGA